UCAUCACUUUCAUUUCACCUGCGUCAUUAGCAUUGUGUAGACGCACGACUUUCUUUUAAAAGUGGCAAUAUCUCUUACUGCUUGACCAUAGUCAGAGGCAUUAGUCCUGAAUCUUUCGUUCAGUGCAGGUGUCUUGUACAGGCUUGCUCUGUUUUAGAAUUCAUAUUAUUCUUUGACCAAAGAAAACAGUUUGGAUUCUCUAGGAAAAGACGCGAAACAAAAUUGUGAGAUGUUGUGUUUUUUACUUAUUUUUCCCACUGUCAUCUGGGCAGUUCCUCCUAGUCCGAACGCAAUCGACAGUUUGUCUAUGGGUGCAUGUGGAAAUCAAUUUGCUUGUAAACCGACAUCUCAAUGUUCCGUUUGGUACGCCGAAUUCCCUACAUUUCCACCAAAACCAUGUUCAGAUCUCCGAGGUGCCAUUGGCUUUUGCUGCCCUGAUGUUGUUCACGUUAGAUCUACUGCAAUCAAAUACCCUGAAAUACCAAAGAUUCGUUUGCUGCCACCAGUUCAACCGGUUUCGCCUGCAAUUUUGGAGCAGACUUCUCGUGCAGCCCGUACCGACUUGCUUCAUAUGAAUAUUAUCGAAGAGAAUCUUAGUCGUCAACAAAUGGUGAUGAGCUUCAAUUCAAUGGCUUGGGCUCACUCUACAAACAUGGCCCCAUUAGAAAUGGCUCGUGUUCAGGGCGACAGAGCCCUCUUGGUAGUGAAUGCUGCAAGGCGUUUGCAAGACAGGUUGAGACUUUCACCGGAACAGGCUGGACUUGGACUGCAGGCGAUUGACACGCGGUUAGGUUUACUAGAAGAUACCUGCCCUCUACUCCCUGCAUGCUUGCCUAUUAAAUAUCGAUCCUUCGAUGGAACGUGUAACAACCUACGACAGCCUUCCUGGGGUAGCGCAUUGUCGGCAUUAGAACGUUUGGCUCCACCCGAGUACGACGACGGAAUUUGGGACCCCAAAAUUAGAAAAAUGGGCAGGGAGCUUCCAAAUGUUCGAGUAGUGCGGAGUAUUAUAGUCACAGAUGAGAACCACCCAAGAGUGGACAUGACUCAUAUGCUUAUGCAAUGGGGUCAAUUUGUAGAUCAUGACAUGAUCCAUGUUCCGGUCUUUCGUACAGCAAAUCAAUCAAAUAUAGACUGCUGUUCUAGAGAAGGUGGCAUUAUUCCUCCAGAAAUGCGCCAUCCUCAUUGCUUCCCAAUUGAUAUUCCUGCAAACGAUCCUUUUUACGGUCCGAGGGGCGUUCGGUGCCUCAAUUUCGUUCGAUCCAUGAUUGCUCCUCGGUUAGAUUGCCGUAUGGGCUAUGCAGAACAAAUGAAUCAACUGACUCACUUUAUCGACGCUUCGCACAUUUACGGGCCAUCACCAGCUAUCGCUGCCAGCCUGCGUCAGUUUGUCGGAGGCCUAAUGAAAAUCUCUGUUAUCGAAGGACGCCCUUACCUGCCACAAAAUCCUCAAGCUCGAGGUUGUGUUGGUCGGACUGCUGGUUUUGCUUGUUUCGUAGCAGGCGAUUCACGUGCAAACCAAAUUAUGGGACUAACAGCGUUGCACAUACUUUUCUUGCGCCAACAUAAUUUCCUGGCUACCGCAUUGGCUGCUAUUAAUCCUCGCUGGAAUGAUGAGGUGCUUUAUCUCGAGGCUCGACGGAUUGUUGGUGCUUUGGUGCAACACAUUACCUACAAUGAAUUUCUACCCUCUCUUCUUGGGAGAUUAACUAUGGACACUUACGGGUUGACUCCUCAAACUACUGGCUAUUCGCCCAGUUACGACGAGAACGUAAACCCAUCGAUUACUAACGAAUUUGCAGCUGCUGCGUUUCGCAUGGGCCACUCUCUCAUUCAGGGGGCAAUGAAUCUCGUGGCGGAAGAUGGGACUGUCCGAGUGGAACUGAUGAGACACUGGUUCGACAAUCCUCAUUUGUUACGUCAAGCUGGUCAGAUGGACGCCGUUUUACGUGGACUGAUUGACCAAUGGCCGCAAAACAUGGACGAAUGGGUAUCAGAGGACGUAACUAAUCAUCUCUUCCAAAGCGCGAGACGAGAUUUCGGAUUCGAUCUUGUCUCCUUAAAUCUUUGGCGUGGUCGUGAUCAUGGGUUGCCUGGCUAUAAUACAUACCGCCAAGUCUGUGGUUUGCCGCCUGUCACCAGCUUUCAAGAGUUGUUAACCAUUAUGGAUCGUGCAGUAGUGGAUCGUUUGGCUGCUGUUUAUCGUUCGGUCGACGACAUCGAUCUUUACGCUGGGGGUCUCGUCGAAAGUCAUUUGCCCGGUUCAAUGCUUGGCCCAGUGUUUUCUUGCAUUAUUGCUGAUCAAUUUGCGCGUUUGAAGGAAGGUGAUCGUUUCUUUUACGAGCACGGUGGACAUCCAAAUUCAUUUACUCCAGCCCAACUCCAAGAAAUUCGCCGAAUGAGCUUAGCCGCAAUUAUUUGUGAUAAUGCUGAUCAAAUAGGGAGCAUACAGCCUCUGGUUUUCCGCCAACCAUCACCUACGAAUCCUCGCGUUAAUUGCAGAUCGCCCAUGAUUCCCCGGAUGAAUCUUGUGGCAUGGAAACAGUAAUUGGUAUCUAUCAAACGAUAGUGACUUGUAUAAAUAAUUAAUCGUAACAAAUUGUACAGCCCUCUUUUAAGCUAUAUCAACGAUUUCUUGAACGGUGAAUGACAUAUUUAAUCAUAGUUGAUGACACUAAUGGCUGUAUCGUUGAUUCCCGUAUGUAUUACUAAAAAACUAUAAAAUAUAUUACAUUUUUACUGGC